UGAUAUAUAAGGGAAAAGGAAACGAUAGAAAAGAAAGGAAUGAAAGAAUAGAAAGAAAAAGAAAGAAAGAAAGAAAGAAAGAAAGAAAGAAAGUAAAAGAGAGAACCUGCGUCGCUUCGAAGGUCUUUACGACGAUCUCGAUCUCGGCCAGAACGAUUUACGAUUCCCUAUCGUUUCUUCAUGCGGCUGUGCGUAACUUGUAAUUAUAAUUAUAAUGUUGUACGAUUUAAGAGCGUGGGGCACGAUUCGAGUCCGAGUCACGGGUAUCGAAAGUUAUUUAUUUGUAUCGUGAGAUCGAGCAUCGAUCGAUGUGAAACCUUUUCGAGCUUCGUGCGAGUGAAAAAAAGAAAAAUGGUGAAACGCUUCUUUCUUUUCUUAUCUUCUUCUUUCGAUUGAAAUAAAUAACGACGUUUAAAUGACGAUCGAUCAUUUAUACCGAUCGGUCGAAAAGUAAAAUUUAUAAGAGCUAUGAAAAAGGUAAAAGGAGAAGGAGAGGAGUAGGAGGAGGAGGAGGAGGAAGAGGUGGAGGAAGAGGAAGAGGAAAAAGAAAAAGAAGAGGAAGAAGAGAGAAGAAGAUAAAACACAUUUGUAUCAUACAUGUAUACCUGUCGCAAUGUAAUUAGCCGUAAUUAAAUAAUUGUCGAUAUAUCGAUACGAUUUAUCGUUAAAAGUUUCGUACGCGUUUCGUACGAGUACUUUGAGAAUAGUCGAAUCGAUUUUUUCGUCGCGAUGUCCAAAAUAGAUGAUACGUGUAAAGACAAUGUUUAUCGGAGUUAUACGUUGUUUAAGAGGAAGAACAGGAAUGAUAUUAUAUUAUAUUAUAUGAUUAUAUUAUAUAUUAUAAUUAUAUUAUAUUAUAUUAUAUUAUAUUAUAUUAUUAUAUACGUAAAAAGAGGAAUCGAAAAAAAAAGUGGGGAUGAAAAAAAGAAAAAAGAAAAAGAAAUAAGAGACAGAGAAGGAACGUUUUUGGACAAGCAUACACACACGCGUUGGAGAAUGUACACUGGUGACACGCAAUUACUCUAGUGACAAAAAAAGGAUAAAAAUGAAAAAAAGGAAAAAAUGAAAAGAAAAAAAAAAAAAAAAGAAAACCUAAAAUAAAAAUACAUUAUAAAUACAUCGCAUAAGCAAACACACGUGCGUCGCGGUUAAGAUUUCAGAUAAAUAUAUUAUAUACAGAUAUUUAUGAUAUGUGAAUGGCCGUCGGGGAAUGACGAAGGAUUAUUAUGUUUUGAGAUCGUUUGAAAGAUUGUAUUGGACGAGAUAUCGCUCCGCCAUUGCUUCGCGAGGUCCCUCUCUAUGGCAUGUAAAAUGAGAAAGAAAGAAAGAAAAAAAAAAAAAAAAAAAAAGAAACAUUUGAAAGCACAUCUUCUUUUUCUCUUCCUUUUUCUUCUUUAAAAUUUUUCUUCUCAUUUAUAAUGUGUUUGAAAAAAAAAAAAAAGAAAAAGAAACAGAAAAAACAAAAAAAAAAAAAUUGUCAUGCGGUGCGCUAUCUCGUCGGACGAAGAGCGGAGAACACUGUACUGUAUUUUACGAUAUUACGUAAUUAUUGUAUAUGUACCUAUAUGGAUAACGGGGAGGAAGAAAAAAGAAGAAAAGAAAACAGAGAUAGGCGCCUAAAUACGAUGAUAUAUAUAUAUAUAUAUAUAUAUAUAUAUAUAUAUAUAUAUAUAUAUAUAUAAAUGAGAAUGAUCGUAAUUAGAUAAAAAAUCACGAUCACUCGCGUGUAAUUCGAGAAUUAAAAACAAAAGAUUAGGUGUAUAUAUAGAGACAGAUAAAUUAGACUCUAGUCAACGUAAUAUUCGUAAGGCGACGCGCACACUUUCUUUCCAAUCUUUCUUUUCUUUUUUUUUUUUUUUAUUGUUUUUUGUUUUUUUUUUUUUUUUUUUUUAUCGUUCAUUUCUCACCUCUUCAUUGUUUCCUCACUUUCUCCACAUCGAUAUUCACAUUUCACAAUUGUUCUUUGUUAAACAAUUUCUUCUUCAUCGAUCUUCCUUCUUCUCUAACUUUUCUUCUUUGUUUUUCUCCUUUUCUUUUUUUUUGGCUUUUUUCAAUUUUUCUUUUUUUUUUUUCUUUUUUUUGCUCUCUUUUUCUUAUUGCCUUUUGUAAUCCGUUGUACCGAAAGAAAAGUGAGAAGGAGGAAUUUAAAUAUCAUAAACAAACACACACACACACACAUACACACAGCAUACACGUUCAAAUAAAUGCAUCCUACCUAUCCUUAAAGUGAGGUUGCGUUUUAUGGCUGUUUGCUCGAAAAAAGGAGACCCGUUAUUUUCCACGCGUAGGAAUGAUUGUCCUUGUACGUAUUAUCGUUAUUAUAUAUAUGUAUAUAUAUAUAUAUAUAUAUAUAUAUAUAUUAUAUAACCGUAAAGAAAAUUUUCGUUAAAAGCCCCCACACCAGAUUGAAAAUCCUUAUAAAAUUUGCACAUGCACGUGCUGUGACUAUUCCGUUAAGUAGCGAUGCGUAAUUAAUACAUGUAAAUCUUUUUGUAAGUA